UGUCAUGCGGCAGUCACACGUACGAGAGAGAUGUUUGCUUGUGUUGUCUCCGUGUAUUCCUAUCGAUUUUUCAUGAUUUAUUAGUGUUUAGUUGAAUCUCGUUACUGCCGGAAUCAGUCGUGUGUCUUGCGCCCCUCAGGUUGUGAUUCUUCACGGUUACGAUGUCGACGAAAAUUGAAGAAGCUUUAGAACACAUCAAAACAGCUCAGAAAUACCUGAAGACGUCUGUGCUCCGCUGGAAACCGGACUUCGAUUCGGCUGCCGAUGAAUUCUGUCAAGCAGCUCAGUGCUACCGUAUCGCCCGGGACCUGAAGCAAGCCAGGGACUGCUACUACCGCGCUUCAGAGAGCUAUAAGAAGAACAGGUCGUUCUUCCACGCGGCUAAAGCUUUGGAGCAAGCCCUGCUCGUCGGCAAGGAGCUCAGCAAUGCUGACGAGCUGUUCAACUUGGCACUGGAGGCCUCUAGCCUGUAUCAGCAGCACGGGUCCGGGGACAGCGCCGCCGGACUCUUGGACAAGGCCGGUCGCAUCCUAGAGCAGGACACACCCCAGCUGGCCGUGAAGCUGUACCAGCACGCUGCCGAUAUUUCUGCCAACGAGAGCAGCCAGCAUCAGGGCAUCGAGUACAUAAGCAAGGCGUCCAGAUUGUUGGUUCGUCUCGAACGCUACGACGAGGCUGUCGAUAAUUUGCGUCGCGAGAUCGGGUUCCAUCUUGAAGCGAAUAACUUGCCGGCCGUGGGCAGACUGUGCGUGGCCAUCGUGCUGGUACAACUGGCCCGCGGCGAUACCGUCGCUGCCGAGAAGAGCUACAAGGAAUGGGGCGGUCACUGCGAAAUGGCCGAAGUGCAGACGUUGGAUCAGCUGCUCCAGGCCUACGAUGAAGAGGACCCGGAUUCCGCUCGCAAGGCCCUCCGUUCCCCGUUCAUCCGCAGCAUGGACGUGGAGUACUCCCGCCUGGCUAACUGCAUCCCGCUUCCGGAGCCACUGGACCCGAUGAUGCGGGCCGGAGUGCGAGAGAACGCCGCGCCGUCGUACGUCAGCCCUAACGCCAGUACAUCCGCCUCGGUGGAACAUCAUCGUGCCUACGACGAGGAGAAUGAGGAAUCUCCGUAUGAGCCCGUCACUUACGGCCCCAAGAAGAUCGAGGAAGAGGACGAAGACGAGGAGCUCUGCUAAAUCAAUUCGUAAUAAACCCGUUUCCUUAACAUCCGCUUCCCGAAUACACACCUUAGACCACACACAUAGCCCAGAGACUUUUAGGCGAAGAAGGCGUUAAUGAAUUCGAGUGGUGCUUCUUCCUUUGAGAAAUUUAUCGGAGGAGGAACUUAGUGAUGGAUUAUGAGCUGUAACUGUAAUUUAUUGACGACACACAAACAAGACACAAGUUUAUUUUUUUUCGUUACAUGUCGAGUCAGCAAUGUAUAGCGCAGAAACCGCUAAGAGUCAAUAGUCGCACGAGUUGCGUGAUUUUAAAUUUUUGUGUUGCCAUUACAUUGAUGGAUUUGAAUCCAAACGUGACGUUGUAUGAUUAUUGUUUAAUCUCAUACGAUUUCUUUCUGUGAUACAUGAAUUACCUUAUUUUAUUUCGUUUAAUUAAAACACGCGCCGUAAUUUGAAUAUUUUUUACGUUUGCCAUCGAAAACACUACCGUCACACAAUCGUACCAUAUCGUCUGAUAUGAUGUGUUCCAACCUCUUAUCUAUCUUGCGUAUUCUGUAAAUUCGUAAUGUUAAAGCGAAACGGGUUAAUAUACUAGUUACAUUCCUCAGCUUAAGUAAUUACGCCCAUAGCGAUUGAAACCUUCACUUUGAAUGUAUUCCGUAAUCAAAUAUUAUUAGAUAUUAGUAUAAGGGGAUAACGCCGUACAUAAUUGUAUUACCGUAACGAAAUCUAGCAACGCGUCAUUGUCUCAUAUCGGAUGACGUCAUUAAUCUUGUGAUUGUGUUGUUUAGUGCAAUAUGCUAUUGAUCCGGCGGUUCCCGAACAUAUGUUAUCAUUAAUCUUUAACUUAACAUUUAAUCAUGUAAGUGUAUGUAUAAAAGAUGCAUCCUUUUGUUUAAUUGUUUUGAUAGUUAAUUAAUGUAUAAUACUUUUCAUUUACGAUUCUUUGUAUGCUCAGUUUUUGUAUAUUAAUUAUAUUUAUGUACUUUUUUUUAAAUAAUUAAGUAUGUUGUUAAGUUUUAAUCGGUAAUAGAAUCUUAAAUAGAACGACACUGUCCUAAAUUCAGCCAGGCUAAGCGCAUUUAUACGAAUCGUUAAUCGAACUAUUAUUCAGUUGUGGUCUAUGGAUUUCCAUUGACCAUUCAACAUCUCGAGAUUAAUGCGACAAAUAUUAAAUACAACACCGUCCGUUCAAUUAAGACCAUCAUCGACAACUAGUAAGUCGAUUAUUCGAUCGUAUGCAUAUGUUAAGCCCGAGCGUAACAACAGCAACAAUAGUGAAUUUGUUGGCAUAACUUUAAAAAAAAAACUACUGCUGUAGCGUUGACAAUAAAGAAACGUCAAACUUCAACUGCCUAUUUAGAACUAAGAACAAGUCUGAAAACACGCACAAAAAGCGUAGGUAUCGCUUGACGUGGCAAAAGGAUAUAAUGUUUUGUCUUUUGUAUUUGGCGUUUCAGCCGCUGCCUUUGAAACAGUAAGACUCGAUAAAAAACUUAAAUAGCAAGUAUCGUAAUCGUUUGAGCGUAGUAAGAUUUCGUUCGUAUGUAUUUGAUACUUUAGCCGCGGCUAACGUUUACAGCUUAAGUUUAAUGAAACGAUUGCUGGAUUUACAAAUGGAAGAUUAUUGUGCAUUUUACGAUACCGUAAAAUGGGGCGAUUAGGGACAAAUUCCAACUUUAUGAGCAAUUUUAAGGUAGUUGUUGAUGUAUAUAAUGCUAUAUCAGGAUCAAAAUGGUUGAGUCUUGGGGGCAUCUUUGUUGUCUAAUUUAAAAUUAUGCAACUAGCAUUCCAGUUUAAGCAAAAAAUGCAAAAAUAGGUGUAAUCCCUAUUUACCCGAAAAUUGCGGUUAAUUGGGACGAAAUGAGAAAUUUGCUAGGGUUGGCACUACUUUUAUUUUUAUAUAUAGUUUUAAUUUAUUUAUUUAUUUAGUUGCACCAACAAAGUGAUCAUCAAUAAAAAAAAUUGAAAACUGACAAAAGUACAUGGCAGACAUCACCUCAAUUAUAGGUGCAAUCGACAGUGCAUUAACAACAACAAAAAAAUAUAUAUAUACAUAUAUAUUUAUUUAUACAUAUAUAGUGGGCUUUCUUAGAAACGGUUUAUAUUUCUCCGUUCUUGGUAAGUACUUAAGGGCUGAUAUUUCUAUCUGGGUUCAGAGAUUAGGUGUGUCGGUUAUUCCAUGGAUUAAUCAGAUGAAUACUCCCACUCUGAACAAAUAUUAAAUAUUUUAUUAUGUAUUACUUAGACAUUUUGGUCCACCUUGAGAUUUCAUUGAUCUUGUUACAUGUCUCUGCAAAAUCGACUUACUUAUAUUAAAUUGCUUAUCUAUUUCAACUAAAGACUUAUUCCCAAUUUCGCUUCGAAUAAACCAGAUUUUUACCAACAAAUUUAAAUAAUAUUUUUAUAACUACAUAGACAACCCUACAAACCUGUACCUAUUUAUACUUAGGUCGUUUCCAUUUCACGUAUUCUCAUCCCAAUUGACCCCUUUUUCGUUGUUAUUUAUACCUAAAGCGUCCCCAAUAUCCCCAAAAACAACAGAUUUUUACAUGUAUUUUUAUUUGAUCAAAUACAUUAAAACCAAUAACAACUGAGACUUACCUUUAAUAUAUAUGCUGGUUCAAACACUAAAUAACGUUUAUAAAUCAUAGUCGUCUUCUAUUAUUAUCAAAUAAAUAAAAGAGAGCAAAGUUUCUAGCACUAAAAUAAUUACCACCACAGGAAGUUAAUUUGAAACGCGAUUUUUUAUAAGUUAGCAGCUAUUAUCAUGCAUAUUCAGAUUUGUUUUGUGAACUUUCAACAUUCUACUAUUAAACUACAAAAAACGGAAGAUUUUGCAACGAAUAUAAAACUUAUAUUGAGCGUCGAAAAAUUUUCCCGGUUUUUUCCCGAUUCGCCUCUCAAUCCCUAAUCGCCCCAUUUUACCGGUACUAGAAUCUUUUUCUUAUUCUUAUCUAUAAAUUAUUUGAGUGGCUAUAAAACUUUUAAAAUCCGAGUAUGGCUAUUAGGGCUAUAUAAUCACAUUUCAGCAACGACUAACUUCAGAUUGUUCUAUGCAAAUGCACAAUAAUCGACGGACACAUAUUUAAGACUCUAUUCGUGUAAUUUAAUAUGAAAUGCAUCAUUAAUAUAAUAUGAAACAAUGUAAUAUUAACCACGCAUCAGUGGGAUAUCUAUAGUUCAAGUUCAAUUUGCCGCGUUCAGUAAGUGCAGGCGUCAGUUUUAAUGAUGUAUGAGUAAAGUGGAGAGCCCACUAUAUGUUCACUUUUAUUAGUAAUAAAUGUAAUCAAUA